AUGCCCAACAUGUCCUGGUUUUCAGCCCUGACGACGGCCUUUGGCUCUAUCCUGCUGGCACAUGCAUGCUACUCGGCGCAGGAGUUUUCUACCUUCCAGUCCCUUCGCUCUUCAGCAGGUGCGGCUUCAUCGCCGUCGGACUCUCUUCCCAUUGACAUUACCAUCGAAACCAUUGCCGCAUUACUCGUCAUCAGCCUGGGCCUCGUCCUGGGAACGAACGAUCUCCGCCCGAUCCACUGGCAUGUGUGGGCCGGCAAGAUUGAGCGUGAGGGUGAAGAAGGAGCCAAGAAUGCUGAGGGCGAGGUGAGCAAGGACUUUAUGGGGAACCCGUUCAGCUACCUGGAGACACGGCCAAGUUUCGUCGACGUCCGCCGGCAGAGAAAGGAGUUUGAAGAAUGGGUGCGGACGGGUGGCGAGUCGAAGUAA